AUGGAUCCACCGAGACGCAACCAUGGAAACGAAGCAAGAAGCUAUUGGAGGCAACAGUGUCGCGAAAAGCUUUCAUUCUAUCUAUUGAACGAGCUUGGGAUUGUCGUCAAUCCGAAUGAGAUACGAUUGAAACCUAGGCCAGACGACCCUUAUAGGUGGCGCCUCAGUCCUUCAAAGCAGAGUCUCUUCAAGAAUCAGCUUAGCAAACAGGGAACCCGAGGGUGCAAAGAGAUUUUUCGCUCUGUUGGCGAAACAAUCACAGCAGUCUCAGCGAGUGUAGUAGGUGAUGGGUCAGAAAUGGAAGCUUCGGAAGUCGAACAAACCAUUUUAUCCGGAAUUUCGACGGUAUGCCAGCCCGGGAACCACGAUGGAAACAGACUCGAUAGUCCGAAGGAAUCACUAGCACAUCUACUUUACGAGUCAGAAAAACAAGUUGAAACUAUGGAGAAACAGCUGGAAAAUUCGCAGUCCAUCAUAGAGAGUUUGCGAAAAGAGAACAUUUUAAUGCAAUAUAAACUGGAGCAGACGGCGACAACAGCAACAAGAGCGUUAUCAGAAAUGGCUAUCAUAAACACCAACAUGCAAUAUGAUGCAACAGGCUUUUGGCAACCAGGAUCUAUGCACAGUUUUACCCACCCCAAUUCUCCAAUGUUUCGUGCCAAACAAAGCUGGGACAAGGACUCCUCAAAGUGCAAGAUGGUAGAUUCGAUUGAACCAGAAGUCGAUGACGGUAUACGUUCGUCAUUCAGGAGCAUAUUGGUAUGUACUGUCGCGCCCGAAAUGUCCUUUAUGACAUCCAGUCAUGUGGACUUUCUUGAGAUUCGAGCCCAAAGUGGCAAGGAGGGGAAGAAACCUCCAACCCACAAAUGA